AAAGAGAUGAAGAAGAUGAUAAUUAUUAUGUAAUUAAAUUUUUGUACGGUAAUUAUUACUGUGCUGAUAUAUGCAACUGAGGUAAACUAAAAUACGCUGAAGUUAAUUUUUAAAAUAAAUAUGAACAAACGAGCUAACCAGUGAAUGAAGAAAAGAUUUAAUUAAUUUUUUGAAGAAUAAGUUUAAAAAAAAAAAAAAGAUGAAAAUGAUAAUUAUUAUGUAAUUAAAUUUUUGUAUGGUAAUUAUUACUACUGUGCUGAUAUGCAACUGAGGUAAACUAAAACGUCAAGAAAAAAAUUUUUAGAUAAUUUGUUACAGACUUAAUAUAUCUGUAUAUAAUUUUCUUGGCCAGAUAAGCUAUCAGAGUUAUGUUUUAUUUUUUAUUAUAUUUCACAAGAAUUGUUGGAGUUUUUAAAGCAAACUUAAACAAGAUAUCAAGCAAAGCAUGUGGUUGAAGUAAAGAAGAAAUCGGUAGUGACGGACUAUGAGCAGACGAUAACAGUAAGAAGAAAUAAAUAUAUACAUUUAAGUAUUUAACAUACUUAAUAUUUAUAUUUAUUUAUGUUUAUUUAUUAUUCUCUUAUUGACUUAUGGCUGCUGCUAUACUGGGUGGACCUUUUCAAUGCCUAGGAUGUUUGUUUCAAGAUGAUAUCACUAUCGAGUUAAGUAAACUCAUUCGACGUAAGUCCGAGCUCAGAGGGGAACAAUUCAACCAGUGAUAAGUUGACGUUGGUCACUUAUAGAACCGAUUCGAAAGUGCACUGUGUUAUAAGUAAAACUUUCGGGUUGGAAAUUGGAAAUUUUUUAUUGGAGAUGGAAAACUCUGAAGCUACGGUGUCUUACCAGACAAACCAAAUGUCUUUAUUGCUAGCUAAAAUAGCCGCGAUGUUUAUUCUCGGACUCGGAUCACUCGGACUGGGUGUUCUUCCGCUGAUUAUUGGCCGCUGCAGGUUCAGAAGACGACAAAAAUGCGCGCUCUCUAACUGCUCCAGCACUUCUACAAAUGCUUCUUCGACUAUCGAUAAAACGGCACAAGGUUUGCUGACAUCUCUACUUCUUUGUUUCGGCGGUGGAGUUCUACUCUUCACGACAUUUCUUCACCUAGCGCCAGAAGUCCGUCAAAGCGUGGAACGACACCAGUCAAACGGCCAACUAACAAGCAUCGGAACUUUGAGCAUGGCAGAGUUACUCUUCUGCAUCGGAUUUUUCCUGGUAUACUUCGUGGAGGAAACAGUGCACGCGACAUUGACAGGAAAGCGAUCAUCUCCAGAAGACCUGCUCUACCGCACAGUCUCAGUCCGUAGAUGCAACAAGCAAGCGGCUGUUUCAGCAUCAAACACCACGAUAACCACCGUGGCAACCAGCAAGAAAGCUUCAUCUCCAACUUCUUGGAACAUCGGGAAGCUGCGGUACGACGACGAGGACGAGAAGCACAAGACAGCAAGCAGCUCUCCAACCAGCAGAGAAGAGAUAAGCAAAACUGACGUCCUACCAGCGGUGUUUGUGCAAUCUUCGCCGUCGAUGGACCCACCAGUGGAUGCUGGCCAGGAAGAAGACCAGUUCGUCGCUCCUCCGAGCUACAAUUCCCACGCUCACAAGCCUCACAGCCACGCUCAAGCAGACACAUCCGUCCGCGGGCUGCUGACAGUAGUCGCUCUGUCAUUCCACGCGAUAUUCGAAGGCCUGGCUGUAGGUCUAGAGCCAUCGAUCGCUUCUGUGGUCUACCUGGCAGCAGCGAUCGCGACUCAUAAAUUAGUAAUUGCGUUUUGCGUCGGGAUGGAGCUGUACGUCACUGGCGCGUCUACGAGGACAGUCCUCGGGUACAUGUCAGUGUUUUCCCUGGUGACGCCUUUGGGGAUCGUCUCUGGACUCGCUCUCGGAUACUUCAAAAAUGACAGCGACAACCUAGGGACCACUCCGACUAUUCUUCAAGGCAUGGCUGCGGGAACUCUUCUUUAUGUUGUCUUCUUUGAAGUUCUCGCCAGGGAGCGAGCUAACGAAAAAAGCGGGCUGCUACAACUAGCAGCCAUCGUUGCUGGAUUCAUGCUGAUGCUGGGGCUUCAAUUGCUCACUUCUCAUGCUCACUCACAUGGCCAUGGACAUUCGCAUGGACCCGAGCACAGUCAUGAACACUCGCAUAACCCCGACGAAGACCACGAGGGACAUAAUCACACUGACCAAGAUCACCCGAUCACUUUACUUACUGAUAGUAUCGACAGGAUAUCUACAAAAGUCGCUAAUGCUGUUACUGAUGCGCUUGUGUCUUCAACAACUCCGUCAACCACGGUAGCUGGACACUCUUAAUAAGUUAAUAAUAAUAAUUUUAAUUAUAAUGAUAAAUGUACAAGUAUUAAUUUUAUAAUUCCUUAAAUAAUUCCCGAGUCUGUUAUUGAGUUUCAGUUACUCGAAGACUUAUCGGUCGCUUAUUUAUUCGUGAUAUUUAUUUACGAUAAAUUAAGUGAUUAUAAUUAAUUAUUAUUAUUAUA